GAUAAGCUCUAGAAUUUCUGUCAGAAAUAUAAAUUAAUUUCUGAAUCAUGGCCCACUCCUCAGGGUCUGGAAAUUUUAAAAAUGGUCUUAUUGAUUUCACAGCUGGAUCUUUGGGGGGGGUUGCUGUAGUAUAUGUGGGGCAGCCUCUCGACACAGUGAAAGUAAAGAUGCAAACAUUCCCACAGCUGUAUAAGGGCAUGUACAACUGUCUGAAAAUAACCCUGAAGAAUGAUGGGAUUGUUCGAGGCCUCUAUGCUGGAACCACACCAGCAAUAAUGGCAAAUGUUGCAGAGAACUCGGUUCUUUUUGCUGCUUAUGGUUAUUGUCAGAAAUUUGUGUGCCGUCUUACUGGUACUGAGAGUGUAGAGCAGCUGUCAGCAUUUGGAAAUGCUUCGGCAGGGUUCCUAGCAGCAUUUUUUUCAUCAUUCACACUGUGUCCGACGGAGCUCAUCAAGUGCCAGCUGCAAGCUAUGCGGGAAAUCAGUGUGCAGGGCGCCCAAACAGCUGUCAAAAUCACACCAAUACAACUUACGCAGCAAAUAUUUCGUCAAUACGGCAUUCAAGGCCUCUUCCGGGGUUUGGUGCCAACCAUCAUGAGGGAGAUGCCUGGGUACUUCUUUUUCUUUGGUGGAUAUGAAGGUACUAGGGAACUCCUGACGAAGCCCGGGCAGUCCAAGGACGACAUCGGGCCGCUGCGCACGAUGGUCGCGGGCGCGGCGGGCGGGCUGGUGCUGUGGACCGUCAUCUUCCCCUCCGACGUCAUCAAGUCGCGCGUGCAGAUCUCCAACAAGAGCCAGCGGUUCCUCGCCGUGGGGCUCGAGAUCGUCAAGCAAGAAGGCGCCCUUGCGCUGUACAACGGGCUGAAGCCGACCCUGGUCCGCACCAUCCCCGCCACCGCGGUCCUCUUCCUAGUCUACGAGUACUCCAAGAAGCUGAUGCACCAGUCGUUCGGUGACUAAACAGAAACGUGACUACGGGUAUGUGUGGAGGACUUUGAUACUUUAGUUAUUAUCUAUGACCAAAAACUGUUGGAGAGGAUUA